UGCUGGUGUUGCUCCCCAACUCUUUUUACAUUUAAAUGUGGGUCACUAAUAAAAAAGGUUGGGGACCCCUGUGAUAGAGUAAGCAUUAGAUGUUAUAAUAAUACAAGGCAUAACUAGAGCCAAUGUUAUUAAUAGGGAAAAAAUAUAAAUAUAAAGGAAGGCCGGUAUUUCUUUCCAGAAAAACUAUGCUAUGCAGUGUUAUCAGGGCUGACAGUUGUACUCCUAUAUCUGGCUAGGCAAUGUAUUAUGAAACAAUAAUAGGUAGAGCUUGCAUUAAAGGGGUUGUUUACCUUUAAAUUAACUUUUAGUAUGAUGAAGAAAGUGAAAUUUGGAGAGAAUUUGCAACUGGCUUUAAUUCAUUAUUUGUGGGGUUUGAGUUAUUUGGCUUUCUAUUCAGCAGCUAUCCAAUUUGCAAUUUCAGCAAUCUGGUAGCAUUUGUGUUUGAAUUCUGAUAUUGGGUAAGGAAUAGAUUAUGAUAUUAAAUAAGUCGGGAUGUAUGUUCGUUCUUCUACAGCUAUGGUUUUUCAAUACAAUAUAUAUACAUAUACGUAUAUACACAGAGAGUAAGUGCUAUAUGGUAUGACACAAUAGGAAGGAGGCCCCUGCCCCAAAGAGCUUAAAGUCUAAGUAAUUAGGGCAUCUUAAUAGAAAGUUGUUCAUAGUGACAAGAUAAAUCAGAAUCAUUAUUCAAGCCCUUCAAAGCAAAGUAGACAUACUCCCUCCCUCUGUGCCCAUUAUAAAAAGGAAAUUUGGUUUUUCAACAGAACAUAGUGAAAACUGUUCAGAGACAUUUGUCUUCUUGUUCCACUUAAUAUAUAAUAUGACGUUCGGAAGUGCUGUGCUGCACACUGGAAGUGACAUCAGAAGUGGGCAGGGGAAAAAAGGAGUAAAACUUGCAAUAUGAGACCAAUAGACCGGCACUGCAUCUGCAAGUCCUACCCGCAACCCACAGUCAUCUGGGUAAAGCCAAACAUGGACAAGAUGAAACCAGAUAAACAGAAGAAUAAGAUGAUUGUAAAUCAUGCUUUAGACAUCAUCUAUAUGCUGACUGGAGAGGAAUAUAUUAUUGAGAAGAAGAAUUCCCAUCCUAACUUUAGUCAUUCAAGGACAGGAGAGGUGCCUGUUAAGUUUGAUGAUGUUGCAGUCUACUUCUCCAAGGAUGAGUGGGAGUACUUAGAAGAACAUAAGGACAUUUAUCAGAAACAAAUGAUUUCAGAAGAAAAGGAAUGUGAUACUUUUGGCAUCUUUUCAGAUAACAAAACAGAUAUGAGCGGUGGUCUACCCAGAUUGACUCUUUUGACACCACAGAGCAGAGCGAGCAUUAAUAAGAAAACCCGCCUGCAAUUGCCAUCUUCAGAACAAUUUACCCAGCUGAUGCACAGCAUUGCCAGGCUUGGAAGAAGGGUGGCAAAGAUGGAUAGGAACAUAGCCCAUAUUCUUAAGGAGUUUAAUACAAAGAAAACCGUCUCUGCCGAACAGUGCCAUGGAAGUUACUCUCUCAAAGAAGAUGAAGUAAAUGCCCCAAGGCCUAUUAAAACAGAGAAUGUGCUUUUAGAUGUGCACCAGGAUCUUGUAUAUCCGGCUGAACAAAGUCCAUCCCCACGAUCCUCAUGUGAACCUUUGUCACAUUCACAAAGCUUUGGUGGACUGAUUUGCCAUACCAAACAAAGUUCCAUACCUGCUAAUAGCCCAAUGUUUGCAAAUCAUUUAGAAAUAUCGGAACAUUUACAAAUACAAUAUGAUAGCACAGGCAAGUUAAAUUCUACCAGGGAAAUAUCACAGAGCCCCCCUCCUCCUCUGUCAACAUCAGCAAGUAGUGUGGUUAAUGCAAUGUCCAUAGAUGAUCUGGCUGAAAAGCCACCUGUCCUGCCCAAUCUUUUAAAAAUGUCACAAUGCCACAAAAAAGAGCAGACCACUAUCAACAUCUCAAAUCCAGUUGGGGAGACAGAACCAGAUAUCAACACUUCUGAAGUUCCAAAGGCUUUGCAUAAAAAACCACAACAAACAAAUUUGCCUAAAACAUCUUCUGUUAAUAUGCCCUCUGUAAAGUGUCCAGCCUUUAUUAUUGUUUCCAAAGUGUCAGAGCAGAACCAAACAAACUAUGAGAGUCUUCGCAGCCCUGAUACUGUUGGAGAUCCACUACCAGAUAUUCCUUUGGCUGCAAUGACAACAGGUAUAUUGAACAAUUUUAAGAUGCAAAGCCGUGGUCAGCCCCACAGAUUUGCCCAACUACUAUUUCAGCAUCACGUACCCUAUUCACUGUAUAAAACUUGGACGCACAAUACCAAUUUUGAUGGUUCUCGAGGUAAACAUGCAUUGCCUAAAAACCUAAAACGUGUCAUACUUAAUGAAACUUCAUCAGCAUAUAAAAUGACACCAGUGGUUCUAAAGAAAAUAAAAGACACAUUAAAUGCUCUGCUGCGGAUUCCUAGGACCGGUGGCUGGGAUUCGAAUUCUGAUCAUGGAUGAAACAGAUUUUGCUUUCUGCAUUGUAGCACUUAAGUGAAUAUUGGAUUUAAAAGCAGAAAGAUUAACUGCUGUGUUUUAUUUAUAUUUAUAUAUAUAUAUAUAUACACAUAUAUAUAGUAUGUUACUAUGAAUUCAUGAACCAGCUGUGUGGUGAUGCUGCCAGCAGAUGUGGGUUUUCAUAAAACUUGUAUUGCAAUAAUGAAUUAUUAGACUAUGUAAGAGUCAGUUAUUGUACAUAAUGUUUUGCCACCAUUUAUUAGACUUCAAGGCCAGCAAUUUGGAAAGCCCUGUUUUAAGCAUAAUGCAUUGAUAAACUACUGUACAACUGUCAGUGGGUUGGUAGUUGUAUUUCAAACUCCUGAAAGCUGUAUGGGUGUCCACUUUACUCGACAAUUUUUUUUUUUUUUUUAAAUCAUGUGUUUACAAUAAGUAUUCAGGCUAUAGAGAUAUUGGCAUUAAUAGUUGCGAACCAUGUGGUCGGUAAAACUAAAUUAAAUCUAAGCAAACUGCUCUAGUCCCAGUUUUCCAUUCCUUUUACCCAGGCCUUAUAGUAGCAAGGCAGUUGUCAAAUUACCCAAUAUAUUUUUGGCACCAAUGAUUGAAAUCUUUUAUUCAAUAAACAUACAAUCCUUA